UAAUACAUCCACAAAUUCAAAAGUUUUAGAACAGCUGUUUAGAAGUGAUUUAACGAAUUCAAUAUGAAAAUUUUCCCGUUUAUUAGUUUGUGCUUGUGUCUCUUGAUUGUGAUUUCCCAAGCAGAUCCUACAUUUGGUUGCGAUUGCCAGCUCAUUUAUCAUCCAGUUUGCGGAACAGAUGGAAAGACUUACGACAAUAAGUGCGGUUUAGAAUGCGAGCAAAAGGAUAAUCCAGAUUUAAAAAUAAAACAUGAAGGAGAAUGUUAACAGGAUAAGGGUAUAAGUAUAUUAUAUUCACUAUAGCUUCUGUUAAAUUCACUAAUAAAAAAUUUUGAUUGUAAA